AUGGGUUCUAAUGAUGAGUUUGCCGGUGGUCCUGCUUGGCCUUCUGCAUCUGCUUCUUUGUGCUUUGAAUUUCUGAUUUGGCUUUUUUCUGCAUUCGUUAAUUUGUGCUUGAAUUUGUUGAUUUUCUAUUUCUGCUUCUCUGUGUGGAGGUGGAGGUGGAGGUGGGAGGUGGGGGUAGAGGUGGGGGGAAGGGAAGACGGGGAGGGGGAGGGGACGUGGGAGUGGGGGGAAGGGAACGGGGAGGGGGAGGGGACGCGGGGUGGGGAUGGGGGUUGGGGAGGGGGAGCGGACGCGGGGGUGGGGGUGGAGGUUGGGGGAAGGGAAGACGGGGAGGGGAAAAGGGGGGAGGGAAACGGCAGCGGCGGCGUUGGUGGUGGUGUUGGUGCUGGUGCUGGUGCUGGUGGUGGUGUUGGUGGUGCUGUGGGUGGAGGCUGUGGCGGUGGUGUUGGUGUUGGUAGUGGUGGUGGUGGAGCAUGUAAUUGUGUUGGUAGUGGUGAGGCACCGGUGGUAGCGGCAGAAAAGAGAUCGGAUGUGUGGGGUAUGGGUUGCUAG